UCCAAGCCAGAGGAUAUAAGUCGAUUUCUCUAGCACAAAAUCAAAUCAUUCGGACAGUUUUCUUUUACACACCACUGGAACUGGAUCUUCAGCAUCUCCCAUGGCUAUUCCUGAUUUUCCUGACGAGUUUCCACUGCUUGAAGAGUACACCGAGAUCGCAAAUGAAUUGUUUUCGGAUUGGUUGGCUCUCAACCACUGCCGCAGAAUCCGGCGUUAUUCUGGCUACUUCAACCUAGCCUAUGCGUUGUGGAUUGACCUUGCUCACUACAUCCGCCAUUAUGAUGCUCUCGUCUUGUUUCUCCAUAUCGCUGAAUUUCUGAAACAACUUCACGAUUUCUACUAUCGGCUCAUUGUUCCCACUCCGGAUUUGCCUGACGAAUUUCCACUACUUGCACAGUACAUUGAGCAAGCCAACGAUUUGAUUUCGGACUGGGCUUCACGUACUGAGUUUGACCAGAUCCACACCUACUACACUUACUACCAGCGGGCCAAGAAUAUGUGGUUCGAUCUUCAGCGUUACACCCGCAAUGCUGGCGUCCUCCUCUUGUUUCUCCGUCUAACUGAUUUUAUGAAGCGGCUGCACGACUUUUACUACGAACGCAUUGCUGGCGCCCCGGACAACUCGCUUGACUCGGGUUUCUUCGAGGGCGAUCCGUCGGAUGAAGCUGAAAGCGACGUGGGUGACGAAAACGAAGAAGAAGGUGAACACGUUCUUGCGGAUGACACGUUGGAGAGUGAGCCGGCGACUGAAGCUGAAGAAGGAGAAAUCGACGACGCGGUUCCGGAGACCGAAGCCGAAGAGGAACUGGACGACACUCUCCUGGUCGGAGACAUUGACUUGGAAGAAUACCUGAACAGCACUGAGCCUGCGGAGACUGUCGUAGGUGGCAACAAACGGAAGCAUUCGGAAGACGACGACGACAACGACGAACCGCCUACCAAGAAGCAAGAGACUGAGGUGAACACCCAAAACUAAA